GAUUUGUCAGUCAAUCAACUAUCAGGAGAAUUGCGCAGCAGCCUCGCAAAUCUCCAGAAGUUGCAGUUUUUGUCGUUGGGCAUCAACUAUCUCUACGCCGGCACUCUUCCCACCUCCUUCUGCUCCGCCGUCUCUCUCUCCCUCGCCAGCAACUGCUUCCCCUCCAACUCCGUCCCCUGCGGCCUCGUUCAAACGCAGCAGACCGCCCAGCAGUGCGCUGCCUUCUGCGGCCUCUCCCCGCCCUCCGCUCCGCCCUGUGCUGGCCGGGGCUACUGCUACUGGCAGGCGCCGCAGACCAGCAGCAACGCCACGUGUGCUUGUUACCCGGGAUUCACCACCGGGGCUUCCCCUGCCGUCUGCGAUGCCGUCUUGCCCGAGUCCGAGUGGCUAGCGCUGGAAGCACUGGCAACAGCGUGGCGGGGGUACGACGGGGAGGGCACGUGGAGCAAGGACGCCCGGUGUGCCAACAUGCGGCACAUCACAUGUGACGCACAGAACCAUGUCGUGAAACUGGAUGUGGCUAACACUCGAACCUCUGGGAGCAUGCCGGAGCUUAUUGGGAAUCUCGUUUACCUCACUGCAUUAAAUGUGGGAAGCAACCGCUUCAGUGGAUCUCUGCCCACGACGUUCGGAAGGCUCACCAACCUGGUCACGCUAGUCAUGGGCUCAAACAAGUUUGAUGGACCACUGCCCGACUCCAUCUCAUCUCUACCAAAACCAGAGCUAUUGAGUAUUGGAGUGAACGCAUUCAAUGGUCAGAUCCCCGAAGGCCUUUGCAAGAUGACGAGCUUGACAGCCAU